AUGUCCCCUCGCCGUCUGAUCCAUUCCAUACGCACCUCAGGUAGUCGCCACUUCUUCAACAGCUUCCCACCCUGCCGACGUCAGCUCUCAUGGAGCGCCACACGAUACAACCAAUCUCAGCGAGACCAUAGCGCCAGCGCGAAACUUUUCGCAGAAGCUAUCGAGGAAGAAGCUGAGGAGCAACAAAAUCCUAGACCACCUCCGAGGCUUCCCCCGGUCGCGCGCGAGUAUGAGAACUGGACGGGUGAAGAGUCGAUGGAAGACGCCGUUCUUCGCAUGUUGGUGGACAAGUACAAGCCCUUGCGUACGGGCUCCAUUCGAACUGCCGACGAAAAACUAAGGCAGGCCCCACCCAAACUUUCCUCUUCCAGUCGACCUGUUACUUCUCCUGCGCCAGACGAAGCCACCUCAUCUACGAGUACUGCGUCGGCUUUGGCUGAUAGACUCAGUGCUGAGGAUCUGAACCCGGCUUCGUUCGCUGCAUCUCAGGCUCAUCAAAGCGGAGACCCUUCGCGACCUGUAUCCAACCCAGACGUCUGGGCGAACAAGCCUCUCAUUCCCGCCGUGGAAGGACACAGACCAUGGCAUACCACGUACAAAGCUCCGUCUCACGCGACAUCCCAGGCAUCCGUUAAGUACGGUCGUAUACCUCCCUCAUCUUCCAAGCCCAAGCCGACUGCCUCUGAACUUUCUGCGGACGAUCGCCUGCGACGCAAGGAGCUAGCCUCGAAGAAGCGGGCGCAGGCGGUGGGUCGACUGACUAAAGCACGAGAGUCCACCUUGGACUAUCGCUUAGGUAUCAGGGGCCAGGGGCAGGCAGGUGGUAACCCGAAUCCUACUAGCAUGAGGGGAUGGCAAGGUCUUGUAGAGGAUCGAAUAGAGCGUGCUAGAUUACAGGGCCAUUUUAGAAACAUCAAAGGGAGAGGAAAGCCCAUUGGACGUCAGAACGAUGAAGGGAAUCCAUUUAUCGGACGGGAAGAGUUUCUCAUGAAUCGUAUCGUGAAACGACAAGGAGCGGCUCCGCCUUGGGUCGAGUUCCAGCAAGAACUUGAGACUGCUGUCACGUCAUUUCGAGGCAUCGUCCGUGAAGCCUGGACGAGGCGUGCAAUUAGAACGUUAACGUUGGGUCCACCAGCUCUCAUACCCUCGUACACCGUCACGGAUAUUCAACGUUUACGGGAUGCGGAGUGGGAGGAGCGAGAGCGUUCAUACCACCAUCGUGCGCUCGAGGAACUCAACAGCCUUGUGCGGAGGUUCAAUGGUGUGGCACCUUACGCCGUCCGACGGCCUUAUUACACACUCGACGUCGAGUUAGCGAAGGCCUACGAAGACAGCGGCGAGGAUAUUUUGAAGGGUAUUAAGCAGAGGUCGCAUGAUCUAGGAAGCCCUGGAGGAGACAAUCAUGGGCCGCUAUUGACCGAGGACGGGGAAAGAUCUGUGGGAAUGGGUAGCGUGGAAGGGGGCAUGAGUGGGCUAGGGGUAGUACGCAUAAGAGAUGUGAUCAGAGGAUGGUUCAGAGGGAGAGUUUGA